AUGCGGUUCCACGCUGAUGCUUCCCCACGGGGGUUGUUCGUUACGGUCAGCUUACUCCUCGCUUGUUUCGCGACCAUGACGCACGCGCAGGAGGGUAAGGUCCAAGCGUGCAUCCCGCGCCCGUCGACAACGACGAGUGUCCCCGCCGCGCCGUCGGCGCCGGCUUCCGUGCCCAAGAACUUUGGCAUGCUCAUUUUCCGCGCCUACGAGAUGCUUGACGUCUUCGGGCCCCUUGACGCCCUCGGUGUUCUCGCGAGAAUGUACCAGCUAAACCUGUACCUCAUCUCCAACACGAUGGACCCCGUGACAGUCGAGCCGACCUCGCCGGCCAUGAACUCCAAGAACUCGAGCUUCUUCCCCGUGCUCCUCCCAACACACACCUACGCCACCGCGCCAAAGGACAUUGAAGUGCUCAUGAUCCCAGGCGGCCUCUGGACGCGGUCGCCGAACCUCAACGACACCAUCGCGUACGUGCGCGAGUCGUACCCGAACCUAAAGUACCUCAUCAGCAUCUGCACGGGGGCCUCCAUCGCCGCGCGCGCAGGGGUCCUCGACGGCCGCCGCGCGACGACGAACAAGGCGUCGUGGGCGAGCACCAUCGUCCACGGGCCGAACGUGACCUGGGUGCCCAAGGCGAGGUGGGUCGUCGACGGCAACGUGUGGUCCUCGUCCGGCGUGUCGGCGGGCAUCGACGCCACGCUGGCCUUCAUCAGCGAGGUGUACGGCAAGAACAACGCCACGUACAUUGCGGAUAUGAUGGAGUACGACUGGCACACCGACUCGUCGUGGGAUCCGUUUUCGGAGAAGUUUAACGUGACGGGGGCUGGGGCUGCGUGA